GCGAGGAGGCUGCCGCUCGGGCUCGUCGCCCCGCAGCCGCGCACCCGCCGCCGCCGCCGCGCCGCGCGCCAUGGACCUGCCCAGGGGCCUCCUGGUGGCCUGGGCGCUCAGCCUGUGGCCAGGGUUCACAGACACCUUCAACAUGGACACCAGGAAGCCUCGAAUCAUCACUGGCUCCAGGGCCGCCUUCUUCGGCUACACAGUGCAGCAGCAUGACAUCAGCGGCAAGAAGUGGCUGGUAGUGGGCGCUCCAUUGGAAACCAAUGGCCACCAGAAGACAGGAGACGUGUACAAGUGUCCGGUGACCCACGGGAACUGCACCAAGCUCAACCUGGGAAGGGUCACUCUGUCCAACGUGUCUGAGCGGAAGGACAACAUGCGCCUCGGCCUGAGCCUGGCCACCAACCCCAAGGACAACAGCUUCCUGGCCUGCAGCCCCCUCUGGUCUCACGAGUGUGGGAGUUCCUACUACACCACAGGGAUGUGUUCGAGAGUCAACUCCAACUUCAGGUUCUCCAAGACAGUGGCCCCAGCUCUCCAAAGGUGCCAGACCUACAUGGACAUCGUCAUUGUCCUGGAUGGUUCCAACAGCAUCUACCCCUGGGUGGAGGUUCAGCACUUCCUCAUCAACAUCCUGAAGAAGUUUUACAUCGGCCCUGGGCAGAUCCAGGUUGGGGUUGUCCAGUACGGAGAAGACGUGGUACAUGAAUUUCACCUCAAUGACUACAGGUCUGUGAAAGAUGUGGUAGAAGCCGCCAGCCACAUUGAGCAGAGAGGAGGAACAGAGACCCGGACAGCAUUUGGCAUUGAAUUUGCUCGCUCAGAGGCUUUCCAGAAAGGCGGAAGGAAAGGGGCCAAGAAGGUGAUGAUUGUCAUCACAGAUGGGGAGUCCCAUGACAGUCCAGACCUGGAGAAGGUGAUCCAGCAAAGUGAGAGAGACAACGUGACCAGAUACGCUGUGGCCGUCCUGGGCUACUACAACCGCAGGGGGAUCAAUCCAGAAGCUUUUCUGAAUGAGAUCAAAUACAUCGCCAGUGACCCCGAUGACAAACACUUCUUCAACGUGACCGACGAGGCGGCCCUGAAGGACAUCGUCGAUGCCCUGGGGGACAGGAUCUUCAGCUUGGAAGGCACCAACAAGAAUGAAACGUCCUUCGGGCUGGAGAUGUCCCAGACGGGCUUUUCUUCUCACGUAGUGGAGGAUGGGAUUCUGCUGGGAGCCGUUGGCGCCUAUGACUGGAAUGGAGCCGUGCUGAAGGAGACCAGUGGUGGGAAGGUCAUUCCUCUCCGUGAGUCCUACCUGAAGGAAUUCCCUGAGGAGCUCAAGAAUCAUGGAGCCUAUUUAGGGUACACAGUCACGUCGGUCGUGUCCUCCAGGCAGGGGCGGGUGUACGUGGCGGGAGCGCCCCGGUUCAACCACACGGGCAAAGCCAUCCUGUUCACCAUGCACAACAACCGCAGUCUCACCAUCCACCAGGCCCUGAGGGGUGAGCAGAUAGGCUCCUACUACGGGAGCGAGAUCACUUCGGUGGACAUCGACGGCGACGGGGUGACUGACGUCCUGCUAGUGGGCGCCCCCAUGUACUUCAGCGAGGGCCGAGAGCGGGGCCGGGUGUACGUCUACAACCUGAGACAGAACCGAUUUGUUUAUAACGGAACACUGAAGGAUGCCCACAGCUACCAGAAUGCCCGAUUCGGGUCCUCCAUCGCCUCGGUUCGGGACCUCAACCAAGAUUCCUACAACGACGUGGUGGUGGGAGCGCCCCUGGAGGACCACCACGGAGGAGCCGUCUACAUCUUCCACGGCUUCCGAGCCAGCCUCCUAAAGACGCCGAAGCAGAGAAUCGCCGCCUCCGACCUGGUUCCCGGCCUCCAGUAUUUUGGCUGCAGCAUCCACGGACAACUGGACCUCAACGAGGAUGGGCUGGUCGACCUGGCGGUGGGCGCCCUUGGCAAUGCCGUGAUUUUGUGGUCCCGUCCUGUGGUUCAGAUCAAUGCCAGCCUCCACUUCGAGCCGUCCAAGAUCAACAUCUUCCACAGGGAUUGCAAACGCAGCGGCAGGGACGCCACCUGCCUGGCUGCCUUCCUCUGCUUCACACCCGUGUUCCUGGCACCCCAUUUCAAAACGGACACAGUCGGCAUCACAUACAAUGCCACCAUGGAUGAGAGGCGGUACACGCCGCGGGCCCAUCUGGACGAGGGCGGGGACCGGUACACCAACCGAGCUGCCCUGCUCUCCUCCAGCCAGCAGCUCUGUGAGCGGAUCAGCUUCCAUGUCCUGGACACUGCUGACUAUGUGAAGCCGGUGACCUUCUCAGUUGAGUAUUCCCUGGAGGACCCAGACCACGGCCCCGUGCUGGACGACGGCUGGCCCACCACCCUCCGUGUCUCGGUGCCCUUCUGGAACGGCUGCAGUGAGGAUGAGCACUGUGUCCCUGAUCUGCUGUUGGAUGCCCGCAGUGACCUGCCCACAGCCAUGGAGUACUGCCAGAGGGUGCUGAGGAAGCCUGUGCUGGACUGCUCCACCUACACGCUCGCCUUCGACACCGCGGUCUUCAUCAUAGAGAGCACGCGCCGGCGGGUGGCGGUGGAGGCCAUGCUGGAGAACAGGGGCGAGAAUGCCUAUAGCACCGUCCUAAAUAUUUCGCAGUCAGCAAACCUGCAGUUUGCCAGCUUGAUCCAGAAGGACGACUCAGACGGCAGCAUCGAGUGUGUGAACGAGGAGAAGAGACUCCACAAGAAAGUCUGCAACGUCAGCUACCCCUUCUUCCGAGCCAAGGCCAAGGUGGCUUUCCGCCUAGAUUUUGAGUUCAGCAAAUCCGUCUUCCUGCACCACCUGGAGAUCCGGCUCGCGGCUGGCAGUGACAGUGAUGAGGAGGAGAGCACCAAGGAAGACAACACGGCCCUCCUACGCUUCCACCUCAAAUACGAGGCCGAUGUCCUCUUCACGAGGAGUAGCAGCCUGAGCCACUACGAGGUCAAGCCCAAUAGCUCCCUGGAGAGGUAUGACGGCAUCGGGCCUCCCUUCAGCUGCGUUUUCAAGAUCCAGAACCUGGGCUUCUUCCCCAUCCACGGAGUGAUGAUGAAGAUCACUGUCCCCAUCGCCACCAGGGGUGGCAACCGCCUGCUGAUGCUGAGGGACUUCCUUACUGACCAGGUGAACACGUCCUGUAACAUCUGGGGAAACAGCACCGAGUACCGGCGCGCCCCGACGGAGGAAGACCUGAGUCGUGCCCCGCAGCUGAAUCACAGCAACUCUGACGUGGUCUCCAUCAGCUGCAACGUGAGGCUCGCCCCCAACCAGGAAAUCCAUUUCCAUCUACUGGGAAACCUGUGGUUGAGGUCCCUAAAAGCACUCAAGUACAAGUUGAUGAAGAUCACGGUCAAUGCAGCCUUGCACAGACAGUUCCACAGCCCCUUCAUCUUCCGCGAGGAGGAUCCCAGCCGCCAGAUCACAUUUGAGGUCUCCAAGCAGGAAGACUCGCAGAUCCCCCUCUGGAUCGUCCUGGGCAGCACGCUGGGGGGCCUCCUGCUGCUGGCCCUGCUCGUGCUGGCACUCUGGAAGCUCGGCUUCUUUAAAAGCGCCAGGCGCAGGAGGGAGACUGGCCUGGAUCCCACCCCCAAGGUGCUGGAGUGAGGCUCAGAGGCUGUGAGCUGAUGGAGGCCAGGACACCAGUCCAGGCCAUGUGCAGGCCCAGGCCCAUGGCCUGCUGAGCUGGGGUGGAGAAGACACCAGCUCGCUUUGCACUUGACCUCAUCUCCUGAGAGACCACGCCUGCACCCUCCGGAAGGAACUCAAGCCAGUUUUAAGAGGGACUACUCUACUGGGAGGCCGAGACACCUCCAACAAGGAUCCCUGGUGACUUCAAGGGACCCUCCCAAGGCACACCAAAGCCCCCCUCGGGCCCUGUGGGGGCAUGUGCUGCCUCUACCACUAAGGUGCUAGGAUUUCAUAACCGUCCCAUCCUCAGAAGAAACCGGCAGAGGAAGGAGGCAAUGCAAACCCGUUCUUCACACUCCAGGCCUUGAGGCCCAGUGGGACCCAGGGGGGCAACAGAUCUGAAUCCUGUGCUGCCCUCCCACCCCCUGCCCCCACCGCACCCGGUCCAGGUCCCCGGCGCUACCCAAGGCUCUCCAGUCCCACCCACCCCUUCCCCAGGCAGGAGAGCUGCCCCUGAAUGAACCCCGGGGCCCAAGGGCUUGAUGGUGACAGCUACUGGACAGGGAUGAAGAAAGACCCUGGGGCGUGGAGACUGACCGACGGGCAGCUGGGACGCAGAAUAUGAGGCGCCCACCCCGAGAUGGGAGGCAGGUGGGCCUUCCAGCCCCGCACACCACCACCCCCCCGCAGCAGCUUUUGUGCCGAGCACCCCGCGGGGGCCUGCGGUGGGUGCACUCUCUGGGUCCCGCGUUCCCUCGUGGUCUUCCCGCCUGCCUGCCCUGAGCGCAACACGGCUCCAGGCCCAGUAGCGCCCAGCAGCGGGGUAGCAGGGGGGAGCUUCCUUUCCCUGCAUCACCAACCUCUCCACGCACGUGCACAUGCGCGCACUCACGCGCUCACACACACACACACACACACACACGCACAGCCUCCCAUCCCUCCCUCCCACCUACCGAGCACUAGAGAGAAGGGCUCAGCCUGCACUGCCGAGGGGUGCUCUCUGGAACGCACUGGUUAAAGCCGGUGCAGGGACACCCGAGCGUGUGGAACUUCGGUGGCAAAUACCUGAUCCUGAUCCGCUGGCCCAUGGGACAAGUGGUACCACCAGUGACGGCGCCUUGAGGACAACAGGCACGCCGGUGCCCGGCGAGUAAUUUAUGCCUUAAUCUUGUUUUGAGAUAGAAAUGAAAGGGGGAUGCAUCAAAGUCCUUUGUCUCCCUGCCCCACAGUACGACCUUUACUGUCGUAAAUGUUUUUAAAAGUAUACAAAAAA